AUGGCCGACACCGAACACCAGCCACUUCUCGAAGCCGCGUCGAUACAGUAUGACUCGCUGCGCGACCCCUAUCUCAACCUCCCUCCCGACGAAUUAGGCCUCAGCAUCCAGAGCACGCUUCCCGGAACGGCACCGGAAGGCAAGACCCUCACCUGGUCCAGCGCGUAUAUUCUCGUCGUGUCGCGGGUUAUCGGUAGCGGCGUCUUCGCAACGCCCGGGUCAAUCGUCAAGUCAGUCGGUAGCGUCGGAUUGACUCUGUUGGUAUGGCUGGUCGGCACGAUUCUGGCGGCCUGCGGACUAGCCGUGUCCAUGGAAUACGGAUGCAUGUUGCCUCGGUCGGGCGGAGAAAAGGUGUAUCUCGAAUAUACCUAUCCUCGGCCACGAUUUCUUGCCUCGACUCUCAUCGCCGUGCAGGCCGUGGUGCUGGGGUUUACGGCGAGCAACUGCAUCAUUUUCGCCAAAUACACCCUGUUCGCCUUCGAUAUCGAGCCCACCGAAGCGCAACAUAAGGCUCUGGCGGUGGGAUUGCUCACGGCGAUUACCAUCGUGCACGGCUGUUUCCUCAAAACGGGCAUUUGGAUCCAGAACGUGCUCGGGUGGGUGAAGAUUUUCUUGAUCGCGGCCAUGUCCUUGACAGGGUUAUGGGUGAUUCUCUUCCGACCAUACGGAGACUCGAUCGGAGCGUCGCAAUUUAGACCUGAUCAUCCUUUCGCGUGGGACACGGUGUGGGAGGGUUCGAAUUGGAGCUGGAGCUUGCUGUCCACCUCGCUAUUCAAGGUACUCUACUCGUACGCGGGUUUGAACAAUGUCAACAAUGUCCUCAACGAGGUUCAAAACCCCGUACGUACCUUGAAGACCGUGUGCCCUGCGGCGUUGUUUACCGCCUGUGGUCUGUAUCUGGUGGCCAACGUGUCUUAUUUCCUGGUUGUACCGCUGGAGGAGAUCAAGAACAGCGGCGAGCUUGUGGGUGCUCUUUUAUUUGAGCGUCUUUUCGGCGAUCACAUCGGAAGGACGCUAUUUCCUUUAGCCAUCGCUAUAUCUGCUGCGGGAAAUGUCAUGGUGGUGACUUUUGCUUUGGCACGAGUGAACCAAGAGAUCGCUCGACAGGGAUUUCUGCCCUGGUCAAAGGUGCUCUCUUCAUCUCGGCCAUUCCAGACUCCUCUGGGCGGUCUGAUCGUUCACUACGUGCCCUCGCUUCUGGUUAUCUCUCUUCCGCCACAGGGCGAUGUGUACAACUUCAUCCUCGACGUCGAGGGCUAUCCCGGUCAGAUCUUUGCCCUCGCGGUCACGGUCGGAUUGCUCCUCGUUCGACGCCGCGAGCCCUUUCGUCUGCGUCCGUUCAAAGCCUGGAUACCGGCCGUGUGGCUUCGUAUUGUGGUCUGUCUGGCUUUGCUGGUCGCCCCCUUCAUUCCUCCGCCAGAUCGGAAGGGUGAUGUGCACUUCUUCUACGCGACGUAUGCGAUUGUAGGGACUUCGGUGGUUCUUUUUGGCAUUCUCUACUGGUACGUAUGGACAAGGCUGCUCCCUCGCUGGGGGGGCUACAAGUUGGAAGAGGAGGUCGACGUAUUGGAUGAUGGCACCAGCAUUACCAAGCUGGUUCGAUCGAAUGAAUGA